UCUCUCACAUCACUCUGAUCCAUCUCAUUCUCUUCCACAUUCUAUCUUCACCUUUUCUUGUCACAUUUUUUUUUUCUGUUAUAUUUUAUAUAUAUAUAUAUAUAUAUAUUAUUUGCCAAAAAAAAGGAAAAAAUGGUGAAAGCAGCAGAACAAGAGCAUCCGAUUCCAGCCACCGGAUUAGCAGCCCGAGAUUCUUCUGGUGUUCUCUCUCCCUUCAAUUUCUCCCGGAGGGAAACAGGAGAGAGGGACGUAAGAUUCCGGGUGUUGUACUGUGGGAUAUGCCAUUCCGACUUGCACAUGGCCAAAAACGAAUGGGGCACUUCUAUCUACCCUAUUGUCCCGGGGCAUGAAAUUGUUGGUGUGGUGACAGAGGUGGGUAACAAAGUCCAAAAGUUCAAAGUUGGGGACAAAGUUGGUGUGGGAUGCAUGGUUGGAGCUUGCCAUUCAUGUGAAAGCUGCAAAAACAACCUUGAGAAUUACUGCCCCAAUAUGAUACUCACUUAUAGUGCUAAGUACCAUGAUGGAACUAUAACCUAUGGAGGUUACUCCGACCACAUGGUGGCCAAUGAGCACUAUGUAGUCAGAAUUCCGGAUGGCCUACCUCUUGAUGCAGGGGCUCCUCUGCUCUGUGCUGGGAUUACAGUCUACAGCCCAUUGAAGUACUUUGGACUUGAUAAACCCGGUAUCAAUGUUGGUAUAGUUGGCCUUGGUGGACUAGGACAUGUUGGCGUGAAAUUCGCCAAGGCUAUGGGGGCUAAUGUUACUGUGAUUAGUACCUCAAUUAACAAGAAAGAGGAAGCUUUGGGAAAACUAGGCGCUGAUUCAUUUUUGGUGAGCCGCGAUCAAGAUCAGAUGAAGGCUGCUAUUGGCACAUUGGACGGUAUCAUUGACACUGUUUCGGCAGUACAUCCUCUACCGCCUUUGAUUGGUCUGUUGAAGUCUCAUGGAAAGCUUGUUAUGGUUGGUGCACCAGAGAAGCCACUUGAGCUACCAGUUUUUACUUUGAUCGCUGGAAGGAAAAUAGUAGCUGGUAGUGGCAUUGGAGGCAUGAAGGAAACACAAGAGAUGAUUGAUUUUGCAGCCAAACACAACAUAACAGCUGAUAUUGAGCUUAUUCCUGCUGAUUAUGUCAACACUGCCAUGGAGCGUCUUGCGCGAGCAGAUGUUAAAUACCGAUUUGUUAUUGACGUUGGAAGCACAUUGAAAUCUAGCUAUUGAUUAAUGUUUAGAUUUUGUUCAUCUUGGUAUUGACCAUGACCAAUUCCGAGACAAGAGUAUGGAGAUGAGUUUUAUAGCUGUCCCUGUUUUCAUUGUGUAGUAUAUAGUAUUUGUAUUUUGUGAAAUAUUGUUCAAACAACAAUAUGAACGAGAACCAGUGUGUGAGAUUUUAGAUUCAAAUCAGCCAAUAGUACUAAUAAUUAAAAAAAAUCAAUUUGUUUGCUGUCA